GGUUUGCGGACCCACCUGAGCAGGCGAGUGGUACCCGCGGUGUCAGUGCGCUCACCCCAGCUUUCCCUCAGGAGUGCAGACAUUGGCGCCUCGGGUCGGACAGAGUGCGCUCCUUCCCGCAGGCGGCCAUUCCCUGGUCUCGCCCUUGUUCCGGGAGGCGGUGUCUGCCUCGCUAUCCCUGAUGCCGGUUGCCCCUGGCAAACCUCGGGCUCUGCGUUGCUUUCCAUCAUCCCCGGGGCCCCGCGCGGCGGCGUAGCCUGUUGCAGGAAGACUCGAGUCGAGGGUCCCCGCCGGCGGCCUCAUGGGGGUCCAGGGGCUGUGGAAGCUGCUGGAGUGCUCCGGGCGGCAGGUCAGCCCCGAGACGCUGGAAGGCAAGAUCCUGGCUGUCGAUAUUAGUAUUUGGUUAAACCAGGCACUUAAAGGAGUCCGAGAUCGCCAUGGGAACUCCAUAGAAAAUGCUCAUCUUCUCACUUUGUUUCAUCGCCUCUGCAAACUCUUAUUUUUUCGAAUUCGUCCUAUUUUUGUGUUUGAUGGGGAUGCUCCACUACUGAAGAAACAGACUUUGGCUAAGAGGAGGCAGAGAAAGGAUUUAGCAUCUACUGAUUCCAGGAAAACUACAGAAAAGCUUCUGAAAACAUUUUUGAAAAGACAAGCUCUCAAAACUGCCUUCAAAAGCAAGAGAAAUGAAGCACUCCCGAGUCUCACUCAAGUUCAAAGAGAAGAUGACAUCUACGUUUUACCACCUUUGAAAGAGGAAGAAAAACACAGCUCAGAAGAGGAAGAUGAAAAAGAAUGGCAAGAAAGAAUGAGUCAAAAACAAGCAUUACAGGAAGAAUUCUUUCAUAACCCUCAUGCGAUAGAUAUUGAAUCUGAGGACUUCAGCAGUCUGCCACCUGAAGUAAAGCAUGAGAUCUUGACUGAUAUGAAAGAAUUUACCAAACGAAGAAGAACAUUAUUUGAAGCAAUGCCAGAGGAGUCCAAUGAUUUUUCACAAUACCAACUCAAAGGCUUGCUUAAAAAAAACUACCUAAACCAGCACAUAGAAAAUGUCCAAAAGGAAAUGAACCAGCAACACUCAGGGCAAAUCCAAAAGCAAUAUGAAGAGGAAGGGGGCUUUUUGAGGGAGGUAGAGUCCAGGAGAGUGGUCUCUGAAGACACCUCACAUUACAUCUUGAUAAAAGGCAUUCAAGCUAAGAAAGUUGCAGAAGUGGAUUCAGAGUCUCUGCCUUCUUCCAGCAAAGUGCACAGUGUGUCUCUUGACAUGAAGUCGUCUCCAUGUGAAAAGCUGAAGCCGGAGAAGGAGCCUGAUGCCACCCCUCCCUCUCCAAGGACUCUGCUGGCUCUGCAGGCUGCCAUGCUGGGAAGUAGCUCAGAUGAGGAGCUGGAGAGUGGAAGUCUCAGCCAGCACCGGGAGAGGAAGGUGUCUGCCGCUGGCGACGAUGGCUCCAUAUCUCCACGCACUCUGUCAGCUAUUCAGAGAGCCCUUGAUGAGGAUGAAGACGUGAAAAUGUGUGCUGGGGACAGUGUGCAGGGAGCAGGACCAGGAGUGACAAAACUGCCUGUAAAGAGUUCCAAAGAGGAAAAGGACGAAGGUCUUGAAGUGAGAGAUAAAAAAGGAGUGCUGUCUACCGCUGUCCAGCCUUCAGCCAGUGUGACCUUUGUAGAGGAGUGCGUAGCCAGCACUGAAAGUGAGCGAGAGCUGCCAGGCUCAGCUCAUUUGUCAACUGCUGUCUGUUCUGAAGGCAGCGAGUCUGAUGCUCCAAAAGAACAAAAAUCAUUCGUUCCUGUGGUGAACGAAGCUUUUCAGACAAGUGAUGGGUCUGCAGUUAAGGAUAGAAGAGAUCCACUUCCUUCAGAGAACACAGUGGUUCUGCCCAGUGAUGCGCCUGGGCUCCCGACCCUGGUGGCUCCAGCAAGCACAGGAUCUGUAUCCAGGAAUGGGACACCUGCCAAAGAACUGGAGCUGCAGAAAGAUCUCUCCCCAUCUGAGAGGAAAUUUGAUUCCUCUAUUCUUUCUAGUGAUGAAGAAACAAAAUGUGAACAAAAUCCUGUGUCUGAAGUCAUUGGCGCUGUCAGUUCACCAGAAGUGAGUGACCUAAUAAGUGUGCCUUCAGAGGUGAUAGGUCACUCAAAAGAUGCAGAAUCACUUAAUGCAGAAGAGAAUGACAAUUUCCUAAAAAUCCUCCAACAACAGGAGACAGUUGGAUCUCCAGGCCCGGGUUCCAUUUCGUUCCCCAAGUCCGUGGAACCAGGGGCUAUCGACUCUGACGAGAGUGAAUCUGAUGGAAGUUUCAUUGAAGUGCAGGGUGGGAUCAGUGAGGACGAAGUUCAAACUGAAUCGAAUGAAGCUUCCAGGCCUCCCUCUGAACAAGGGGACAUGGUGCCAAUGGGAGCUAAGGAUGAAGAAGCCACUGGGGAUACCGAGAGCCUCCCAAGGGACCACUCUGAAAGCAAGGACUUGGAUAUUGAGCCCCAUGAAGAACAUGAAAAGGAUACAGAAGAUUCCUUCAAUGAAUGGCAAGAUAUUGAUUUGGAAGAGCUGGAAACUCUGGAGAACGACCUCUUAGCGCAGCAGAAUUCACUGAAGGCUCAGAAGCAGCAGCAAGAACGGGUCGCUGCCACUGUCACAGGACAGAUGUUUCUGGAAAGCCAGGAACUCCUGCGCCUGUUCGGCAUUCCCUACGUGGAGGCGCCCAUGGAGGCCGAGGCGCAGUGCGCCAUCCUGGACCUCACGGACCAGACUUCCGGAACCAUCACCGACGACAGUGAUAUCUGGCUGUUCGGAGCGCGGCACGUCUACAAAAACUUUUUUAAUAAAAACAAGUUUGUAGAAUAUUACCAGUAUGUGGACUUCCACAACCAAUUAGGAUUGGACCGGAACAAAUUAAUAAAUUUGGCCUAUUUGCUUGGGAGUGAUUACACGGAAGGGAUACCAACUGUGGGUUGUGUAACAGCCAUGGAAAUUCUCAAUGAAUUCCCUGGGCAUGGCCUGGAACCUCUUGUCAAAUUUUCAGAGUGGUGGCAGGAGGCUCAAAAAAAUCAGAAGAUAAGGCCUAACCCCCAUGACACCAAAGUGAAAAAAAAGUUACGGAAGUUGCAACUCGCCCCUGGUUUUCCGAACCCUGCUGUGGCGGAAGCUUACCUGAAACCUGUGGUGGAUGACUCCAAGGGAGCCUUCCUGUGGGGGAAGCCUGAUCCGGACAAGAUUCGGGAAUUCUGCCAGCGGUACUUCGGUUGGAACAGGAGUAAGACGGAUGAAUCUCUGCUUCCGGUUUUAAAGCAACUGAAUGUCCAGCAGACACAGCUGCGAAUCGACUCUUUCUUUAGAUUAGCCCAACAGGAGAAGCAAGAAGCCAAACGUAUUAAGAGCCAGAGAUUAAACAGAGCUGUGACGUGUAUGCUGCGGAAAGAAAGGGAAGAAGUAGCCAGUGAGCUAGAAGCAGUCUCUGUUGCUAUGGAGAAAGAAUUUGAGAUGCUUGAUAAGGCAGAAGGAGCAAGCCAGAAGAGAAGCACAGCGAGGAAACUGGAGGAGCCGUCAAGCCUGAAAAGAAAGAGGCUUUCAGCUUCUGCCCACGAGAGUCAGGCUGGUGGAUUUCUGGGGGAUGCCUACCUCUCAGAGUCCUCUGACACCUGUUCCGGUGAGGACGCGGAGCGUUUAUCUCCAGUCAGCACGCAAAGGAAAACAGCAAAGGAGUCCACAUGCAGCCCUUCAGCGUGGCAGAGCUCGGCCAGAGAUGCGCGUGCCCGGGACGGAGGUGCCACGACCUGCAGCUCCAGCGAUGGGGACGGAGAGGAGGCCGGGACCGUCCUGGUGACAGCCAGGCCUGUGUUUGGGAAGAAGAGGAGGAGGCUGAGAAGCGCACGGGGGAGGAAAAGGAAAACCUGAUUUCACAUACGUGUUCUCGAGGGGGAUAACAUUUUGUAAUGAAUUUGUUGUGAGGGCAUCAUGAAAUUAAAUGCCAUUGCAAUCGG